CGCCGUUGCAUUUCGGACAUCAGCGCCCUCAAACAAUUUGGCCGAAUUGGACCGCAGGAGCCGAAUUGGAACGAGGCAAAAAGCUGAUGGAGCGACCGCGGUUCCCGCAUGGGAGAGCCGCCGACCCGCGAGACAUAACGAUUGAAAAGCUGCGCGCCGACCGGGCGACGCUCAAGGAGCGGCUAAAGGCGGCGACCGACGAGAACGAGCUACUCCGCGUGCGCGGCCAGCAAGAGAAGGACCACUUCUCUCGCGAGUACGCGCAGGUAGAGGCCCGCUUGCGCAUUGCCAACACGACGCUCGAGCGCAGCCGCAAGCACGUUGAGGCGACGAUCCUCGAGCGCGACGUCAAGAUUGACCAGCUGCAGAAGCACGUGGACCUCCAGCAGCAGCUCAUCGAGUCAUACCGGAAGCAGUCGUCGACGAUGUACAGCACAAUCAUCGAGAACGGUACCGACGCGCUCAAGAAGAGCAUGCGAAGCUCGUUUUCCCGGUCUGCGAUCGGCCCCAACAACCAGGUGGACGACGACGAUACUAGCAGCGUCCACGCCCGCAACGACCGCGACAGUGAUGCCCGCGUUCAUGCGCUCGAGCAGCAAGUCACCAAGCUCUUUGGGCAGCUUGAGGACGAGCGCGCCGAAGCCGACGCAUUGGCGGCUCACGUCGACCAGCAAAAAGCUGUCAAUGUAAAGCUCAUGAAAACGAUCAAGACGCUCAAGCGCAAGCUCGACGAGAGCAGUGAAAAAAGCAGCAUCGAGCACAUGUUGACGGACCUCCAAGGCCGCUUUCGCAAGGUGUCGCUCGAGCAAGAGGCCAUGUCGGCCGCGCUCCAAACAGCCAACGACAAGCUCGCACGCGCUAGCGACGAGGUUACAACGCUGCGGUCGGACCUGGCGGCCAAGGAAGCCAAACUCGCAGAGGCGUCGGCGACGAGCACGAUCCGCGACAGUGAAAUUCAAAGUCUUUUGCAGAAGAUUGGCAAGCAGGACCACUACAUUGCGGACCUCGAAGCCGACUACAAGGUCGCAACUCUGUUACGUCUACCCCUCAACUGUCAAGCACGGCGUAGACGCUCGGAACGCCUGGUCUCGCCCACGUACACACAUCUGCAGUACAUCAACUGAAGCAGCAAGUGGGACGGAAGAACGAAGAGCUGGCCGCGCUCGAGCUCCGCAUCAAGCAACUCGAGCGGGAAAAGACGCUGGACACCAGGGCAUCACCAGCACCCGACAAUGACGACGACGACAACGAAGCGACGGCUGCGUCGCGCCUCUCGCUUACAGACCUCGACCAGCUGUACACACAGGCGCUGCGGGUGGAGCACAAAGCACAGGUGAUUGCAUCGAUGGCCGCCUCGUUUGACGACGGCGGCGACCUCAAUGCGCUCCUGCACACGCUCGACGACCCUGUCGAGUCGCCGGUGCUCACGAGCAUUCCCGAAGGCAAGCAGCAGCUGCUCAUGUCCCUCCUCUCAGCGCAGUCGACGCUCGACAUGUUGUCGGACACGUUUGCGUGUACGUAUGCCAAGAACCUCGGUGCGAGGUGCGCCAUGCAAUAGAUCGUAUUUCCAACAUUUAUACUGCCUUUUGGACAUUAAAUCGGCGAGUUAUCCGAGACAUUUCCUUUUACGCGAAGGAAAACACGAAACAAUAUACUAGUAGACGAUCACAUUCAUAAAAUAC